AUGGGCAAUGUCGGCAGCCGUCUGGACGACGCGGGAAACCUGUUCUUUAAGGAUCAGAAUAGGUUCUCGGUCGCGUCGAUUACGAUAAGCAACUCAAGCCGUCGACUGCUGACCCUCGCCCCCAACGCCUUCCCGGCUGCGAGAUUCACUGCAAAGCGAGAGGCUGGCGACGACACCCCGAUCGAGUAUAUCCAGGAUCCUGACAUCUCCCCCUCCGCCGCGGUUCCGACGUUCCUUCUCCGCCUGUCCAACGAUGACGAGCUGAUCUUCAACUUCACCUUCAUCCUCCGGCAGACACAAACCGGUAAUACUGCAGGCUCUACGGUAAAUGGCGUCGCGACGUCCCUCCCCGAGGUGGCCGACACAUCCCUCACAGGCCUCACCUUCGCCCACGCGUCAAACUCGAGGGAGCUGGACAACUUGAUUACGCGAGAGUUCCACGCGAACCCGAACCUACAAAACAACUCGAAUGUGCAACUGAUCGGAGAUUUCUCGACCGAUGGCACGCCGUCGGUAGCGUUGGACUGGACCUGGACAUGGAAGCCUCCCAAGCCAACUGAGGACAAAGGUGGCGGAUGGCGGAAUAGCUGCAGCUUCCUGGACUACGAUCAACGGACGAACCGUCUCAAUACCCUUGCGCAUUUUUCCUUCUGGGUGCACAACGCUGGUCGCCUUGCCCCAAGCCCUCAGGCCUUGUCGCCGAAUUUGGAACUGUCGGUCCCCCACCGCAGUCGCGUCCCUUCCACCCAAUCCGUUCUCUCGCAGAUCAGCGACGCUGAGCCUAUCUCCAACCCGAAUCUCCCUUCUCCCACUCCCCCCGACACAGCCGAGACCCUAGGACCUCCCCCGCCGACGUCCGUCGGGCCACCACCACCCGUCAAGGUGGACUUGCCACAUUCUCGACCGGGGGACAAUAUAAGUGCCGUGGAGGAUGGGCCUCUAUUCCGUGCGACGAUGAAGGCACUGGAGCAAAAGACGGGUAAUAUGCGAGCGAAGAUCAAGAAGGUUCUUAAAAAGGCGGAGGCAGCUCAACAGGCCCAAGCGAACUGCAAUGAUGCCAUGGAAGCCUUUCUGGGAUCCUUGAACGAUGCAUCCACGUCCAAUGCAAACGCUAUCCAGCCGGCGUUAGACCACUACUUUGAGAAAAUUGCCCGCCAGAUCCUCACUUACGAGCAGCUCAACACGCUACAGCUUCAGAAGCUCGUUAUCGAGCCGCUGAUCAAGCUUUACAAUAAUGAUAUCAAACAAGCAGAGUCGAAAAAGAAGGAUUUUGACGAGGAGAGUCGCGACUACUACGCCUACGUCAGUCGCUAUCUGGGCCAGCGCCAGGACUCCUUGAAAGAGAAGAAACGUGUCGAGAGUGAUUCGAAGUACCAAGCCAAGCGACGAAAUUUCGAGCUCAGGCGCUUUGACUACUCGUCCUUUAUGCAGGAUCUGCAUGGUGGCCGCAAGGAGCAAGAGGUCCUCUCUCAUCUCACCAAGUACGCCGAUUUCCAAGCGAAGAACUUUUUGGCGGCCGCAAAGAAGGUCGAGGAUAUGGUCCCUCAACUGGACGCCCUCAUCCACGAAGUCAACCAGGCAGAUAAGGAGUUCCAGUUUCAACGGACUGAACGUGAAGAGAAACGCCGGACCCUAGAGAAAAACAGCAACACGUACCUCGAGCCCGAGGUUGUGGCCGGUCCCACAGGAGUCGCGUCUUCCUCUUCCGGGUCUGCGAAUGGAGGCUUCCCUCCUGCUGAGACUGAAUUGGGCCGUGCCGACAGCACCUCAUCUCAACUCCGUGGGGUGCCUAGCAACUCCUCAUCGGUUUCAUCCCAAGUAAAUUCCUCGAUUAGCUCCGCCACCGGAACAUCUGCUCCUACAGCGAGCGCUCCUAUCGGCGCCUCAGGCCAAAAUCGGUUUAAGGGCAUCCGAGACCUCGAAGAGGGGAGUUCCACCGGAUCUGACCGAGCUGCGGGUCAACAGCGCAAAGAAGGUCUGCUGUGGGCACUCUCGCGUCCGGGUUCGCAUAUAGAUCCAAAGGGCAUCAACAAGCAAGCAUGGCACAAGUUUUGGAUCGUGCUGGACCAAGGAAAGCUGUCUGAGUAUAGCAAUUGGAAACAGAAACUGGAUCUGCACAUGGAACCUAUCGAUCUUCGGAUGGCUUCGGUGCGGGAAGCUCGAAAUGCAGAGCGACGGUUCUGUUUUGAAGUGAUUACCCCACAGUUCAAGCGUAUCUACCAGGCGACUUCAGAGGAAGACAUGGCGACCUGGAUCAGGUCCAUCAACAAUGCGCUCCAGAGUGCGGUCGAAGGGCGAAGCGUGACACCUGUGCCUCCCGUGUCAUCCAAGAAUGAUCCCGUCCGGGAUAUUGGCUCCGUUCUGACCGGCAAAAGCUCGUCGAUGUCCGGCCAGCAUUCCUAUUCGAACAGUUCCAGCAACAGCACCGUGAACCGCCGUACAACGGUUGGAGCGCGGCCCAGCUACGUCCGCAAUGAUAGCAAUAGCUUUGAGGAGAAUCCAUCACGGCUGCUACAAGUCGUCCGGGAUGCUGACCAAGGCAACACUUGGUGCGCUGACUGCGGAUCCUCGUCCAAGGUUGAAUGGGUAUCCAUCAAUCUGGGGAUCAUUUUAUGCAUCGAGUGCAGCGGGAUCCACCGAUCACUGGGGACGCACAUCUCCAAAAUCCGGUCGCUCACGCUGGACGUGCACUCCUUCUCGAACGACAUUGUCGAGAUCCUUUUGCAGAUUGGCAACCGCGUCAGCAACAUGAUCUGGGAGGCGACUCUUGAUCAGACCCUCAAGCCAAACGCAGGAUCAACGCGCGAGCAGCGCCUGCGCUUCAUCACCGCCAAAUACGUUGAUCGAGCCUACGUCGAACAACUCCCAUCCCCACGGUCCCGCUUCGCGUCUCCCGACGAGACCCUCCUCGCUUCGAUCAAGCGAAAUGACAUCCAAGGCAUUUUGUACGGCAUUGCCCUGCGCGCGAAUGUGAACAUUACCGACCGCUCCCGCAACACCCACGCCGUGUUUUUGGCCCUUGCCGCCGCCGAUCCUGCUUCCCCCGGCUCCACGCCGUCAAGCCUAACCGCCCGGUCCACUACCAAAGCGAUCCCUUUCCCCAUUGCCGAACUGCUGGUCCAGAACGGCGCCGAAAUCCCCCCGCAACCCCCCUCUAUCCCGCUCUCCCCCGCCGCCCAACUUUACCUCAGCCAACGGACCACUCGGUCCGCAGGCUUCAAUGCCCCGGCCGCGGCACCAAUACCCGGCAAGUCUACCGCCAGCGACACCCUCGGCUCUCUGCCUACUAUCCGUUCAUCGAGCAAGGAUUCCAUUCCCAGCAGCUCGGGGUCCACGGCCCAGGCUCCUAGCUCCCUGGAUAGCAAGGAGAGGGAGAAGCUGUCCAAGAGAGGUAGCGCCGGCGCCCGUUUUGCUGGGAAGGUGGCUUCCCUAGGCAUCGACCGAUAA